CGGCGGGGAUGCGCGGGGCGGCGGCCGGGGCCGGGCGCUGAGGCUGCGGGCAGCGCCCAGCCGGGAGCAUGCUGAGCCCCAAGAUCAGGCAGGCCAGGAGAGCCCGGUCAAGGAGUCUGGUGAUGGGUGAACAGAUUGGGCCUCCCUCCAGACCAUCUUCUCCAAACCCUCAGGAACGUGUGCUGAAGUGUGGCUGGCUAAAGAAACAGAGGAGCAUCAUGAAGAACUGGCAGCAGCGCUGGUUUGUGCUGCGUGGGGAUCAGCUCUUCUAUUACAAGGAUGAAGAGGAAACGAAACCUCAGGGUUUGAUACUACUGCAAGGAAGUCAGGUGAACGAGCUGCCACCUAAUCCUGAUGAACCAGGGAAACAUCUGUUUGAAAUUACUCCAGGUGGUGCAGGGGACCGGGAAAAGAUGCCUGCCAAUCAUGAGGCUUUCCUGCUCAUGGCUAAUUCCCAGAAUGAAAUGGAAGAUUGGGUGAAAGCCAUCCGACGGGUUAUAUGGGCUCCAUUUGGUGGAGGUAUUGCAAAUAGCUCACAUGCACAUAAAUUAAAACAUUUGCCUCAAGGGAUCUUCGGGCAGCGCCUGGAGGACACGGUGCAGUACGAGCGGCGCUAUGGGCAGCGCCUGGCCCCGCUGCUGGUGGAGCAGUGCGUGGACUUCAUCCGCGAGCGAGGCCUCACCGAGGAGGGGCUCUUCCGCAUGCCUGGGCAGGCCAACCUCGUCAAAGAUCUGCAGGACUCUUUUGACUGUGGAGAGAAACCCCUUUUUGACAGCAACACAGAUGUUCACACUGUGGCGUCCCUCCUGAAGCUUUACCUUCGAGAGCUGCCAGAGCCUGUCAUCCCCUUUGCCAAAUACGAAGACUUUCUUUCUUGUGGACAGCUACUCUCAAAAGAUGAGGGAGAGGGUACCCAGGAACUGGUUAAACAGGUGAAGAAUUUGCCCCAAGCCAACUACAACCUCCUCAAAUACAUAUGCAAGUUCCUUGAUGAAGUUCAGGCUCAUUCCAGCAUUAACAAGAUGAGUGUCCAGAACCUGGCUACAGUAUUUGGACCAAACAUUCUGCGGCCCAAAAUGGAGGAUCCAGUGACCAUGAUGGAAGGCACCUCUCUGGUUCAGCACCUGAUGACAGUGCUGAUCAGUGAGCAGGGGCGGAUCUUUGCUGUUCCUCAGGCGGAUGUGCCAGGGAGCCAGCUGGAAAUCAAACCCAUGCGCCAGCGCAGCACUGUCGAGUGGAUCUCCGAGGAGGACGGGGAGGACAGCAGGUCACAGAACAGCGCUGCCAGCCCCACUGAUUUGCCUUCUGGCAAUGCUGUGGCUCUGGAGGGCACUCCAGGACCUGCAGUGAAAAUCACUCCUCCAGAGCACAGUGGCAAAUCGACCCAGCCUGCCACCAGCCCCAGCAAAAGAGUGCAGACGCUGCCUCCAUGGAAAUAUUCCUUCCGCCAGCAGGGAGCACGGUCUGUGAGCCCAAAGCUGGGCAGCUCAUCCUUAGAUAUCCCCAACCUCUCCUCCAGCGGGAACUGGUUGAUGAACGGCCUGUACUCCCUCCGAGGCCAUCGCCGGACAGCCUCUGGGGAGCGAGUGAAAGACUCCUGUUCCUCCCAGAGACUCUCCACUUAUGACAAUGUCCCCUCAUCCAGCCUGUCCCUCAGCACACACAGCAUGGCCAGCACCACCUGGUCCACAUCAUCCUGUGAGAUCUCCGUGAUGGACUCGGUGAGCAGCUGCCCAGCCUGCCGGGCCAGUGACUCUUCUGCUUUGAGCUCCCUAAAAACCGAGUGGGUAACUCAGGGCUCGCUGUCCCAGAGCGAGGGCAAGACUGCAGAUCUGGAGAACAGCAUGGACAGGUUUGAAGCCUGCAGCAGCAGCAGCAGUGAACAGAGUGACCCGGCUGCAGCUUCCCGAGACUCUGUCCAAUGCUCCAGGGCCUUACAGAGCUUGGUGGUGGAGCUAAAGACAGAGCUGAGCAAACAGAGGACUGAGUAUGAGACUAGUAUCAAAAGAAUUGAAGAAACAAGUGCAGACCUGAGGAACCAAGUGGUUAGGUUAGAAGAAGAACUGGACCAAGAACGAAAGAAAUACACGAUGCUGGAGAUAAAGCUGAGGAAUUCUGAACGUGCUCGUGAAGAUGCUGAAAAGAGAAAUUACCUCCUGCAGAAGGAAAUGGAAGAAUUUUUUUCAACAUUAGGAUGUUUAACUGUUGGGAGUCAAAGUGCUAAAGUCUCCAAGUAGAAUAAGUAUAGAAAAUCCUGUUCCUGACAAAAUGAGUGAAAAUGCAUAUUUUGUUCUGGUAUACUCAUGUAUCAUGAGUAAUUCUAUAGUGAUUGUGCUCUCAGUGACACUUGCCCUGUUGUCUUUACAUGUGCUAUAGUAUUUGGGCCAGCUGGGAAAGACUGCUGACCAUAAAGCUUGAAAAUUUAGUGUCAGAUUGCCAAGAAAGAGUGGGUCCCCUCUGUAUCCACAGAACACUAAGACACUCUUCUCCAGUGUCCUGCUGCCAUCUUUGGACUGAGCUGCACCAUCCUUUUGCUGGCUCAAGGACAGUGGAAGGUCCUGCAGAGUGGGUGGAUGGCCAGAAUCAACAGACAAGCUGAGCCUGGAGCUGAGGGAUUCCCACACUUGUGCUUGGGAAGGUGGCAGUUCCAGUCUGUCACCACAGCCAGGACAUUUGCCAGACGGAUUUAACGAGGUGGCUGUCACCCCUGUCCCUCCAUAAAGUUUGUUCAAAUUUCUCAUUCCUAGAGUGGUAUUAUUUUAUGAAGAUAUUGUGAAAACAAGGUCUGCAAACAUGCUGAAGAUAUCAAAAUAUUGACAAUUCACUAAAAUUGUCCCUUACCCACCUAAUGGUUUCAGUGUUUCACAGAAAUGCAACUUUAAAUUAAACUUAAUUAAUAAUGAGACUGGCUACACAAACUCUUUGGAACUUUAAAUAUGCACAUUUUGCCUUAGGUAUCUGGAGGUUUUCUGAGCCAAAAAUAGAGCAGUAUUAGCUGCAAGAAAAAAAAAUCUCCUGAGAUGAUAUAUGUAUUAAGGCAGAAGAUGGAAGAUCCUUAUCAUCAAAACACAUCCAAACUUUCACAGCAAAACUUAUGUUCUUACAGGGAUAUGAGUGGACAGGAAGAAUACUGCAAACAACCCAUCAUCCCAAGUUCCUUGCUUCUGCUAAGGAAAAAUCAUUAGAAUGAAGUUGUAAGUUCUGGUAAUUUGCUGCUGGGCUGACUUCCCUUCCAAGUGAUUUCAAGAAGUUCUGCAUAGCAUUUGUAACACCCUGAGCCAUGCAGAGCCUGCACACAGAAAAUUGUUUCACCAGAUUCAGCUUGAAUUUCACCUGCGAGCCCAGCACUGUUCACUUUGUCUUGGCACUCCAUCUUUGACAUCCUGAGGUAGCUUGGGAGUCUCUAAGGAGAAAGAAUUUUAACAAAAAGUGCCACAACAACAUGAACUGGCUAAAGGGAAAGUAUGGACUGUAACAAAGAAGAUUGCUUUAUUUUAAGUAUUUUGAAAAAGUGCCCUGAAUCUCAUUUCUUACUAGAGAAGACUGACUCACUGUCUGGAAAUAACCUUAGAAUGGGUUUUUACAUACCAAGAGAUAGUUAAUACUGAAAGAUAUACUUUCUCCUCAGCAUCUCACAGAUAUCCAGGUAUUUAAAUAUUUAAAACAUCUAGGUAUCAACUUGUUUCUACUGCACUGUAACACUUCUCCUUAUUAUAGAAAUGUAAAAAAUGUAAACCAUUUAAAGUGAGCAAAAAGCAGAAUUUUAACCUAAUCUUUCCUGGAUAAGAAAUGUCAAGCAAGGUGACACAGUAAAUCAUGUGGAUUGGUUCACUCAGUUAUUUCAAAACCUUUUUCCUACUUCCCAGGCUCUCCAGCUGCCCUGCAUUCCUUACUGCCCCAGCAUGAGGCAGGUACCUGCAUGUUCAGCAGCAGCUGCCUGCCACCUGCAGGCAUCAGCAUCAUCCCCAUCUUUUUUUCCCACCUCUGCCUUGAAUUCAUUAGCAAUGGUCUCAAGUUAUCCUUUAAGGAAUAAGGAAUGGCCAUUUAAAACAGCAGCAUAAUCAGAUGCAUAAUGUGAGAGAGAAGCAGUAACAGUGACUGAGCUGGAAAAGCAAGCAGUGUGGCAGGGAGCUGGAGGUACAAGGUCAGUCAUCAGAAAAUAAACUUUAAUAUUGGAGGGUGGUCUAAUGGUGGUAAGUAGAACACCAGGACUGAUAGAAAGCAUAUUCAAUCCCAGUACUAGUAGCAAGCAGGGUAUUUUAAUGUCUUCUUUUAUUUCUACCCAAAUCAUAGAAGCCUUUCACUGUAUCCAUCCUGACAGCCCACACCUCCCUUACACUAGUUAUAUUGCAUUAUCUCCUGUAUGUAUCCAGCGCAGACUGCUCCCUUUAGUUCACACUACAAACUCAAGAGAGUUAACCAGCAGUCCUGGUCACUGCUUGUCUGGUGUAUCUGGUGUUUGGGCUCCCAGUCAGCAGGGCUCAGUUCUUAAGUAUUUAACCUUAGGUAACUGCUAACAAACCCACCUAUCCCAAACUUGCAGAUCCAGGAGAGGAUCGUGAGAUCUCUAACACUGCGUAAUGUGGUAUCCAAAAUAAAAUUAAGUCUUUUUAAUAUACAAAGAAACUCUAUGCACUCAAAAUGAGGAGUGAAACAAACCAGUUCCAGACUGGCUGUUGUGCUCCAGCAACAUCUAUGGCUCCUGUUCAUGAGGAAUAAAUUUCAGCUGCUUUUGAAGAUGAGCCACUGCUGUAAAUAAACCUGGCAAGAAGCUGCAAACAACCCAGUUCACACUAAAAUGCACUACAGUAGGAUGUUGACCUCAAGUGCAGCAACAGGACCAUAAUGCUAAACUCCUGACAUGGGCAAUUAUGCAAGAAAUGAGAUCCACUUGUACACAGCUUCAAAGAACACUAUGGCUUUAUGUGAGGAAGAUGAUAAACCUUUUCCUACCUUUCCUGUUGCCAUACUCUUCACCACCAAUGCAUUUGCCCACAGCAAGCACCGGAGACUACUCCUUAGUUUGCAGACAUUUCACUUGUUACAGUCUCUGAUUCAAAUGUCAGCUUUCUUAGCAAGUGUUUGUCUGGUUAUUGUUAAUUGAACAUGACAGAAGUUUCCUGGAAUAGAUUACUUUUUACCACAGCUUCACCUGUGCCAUCCUCCCAGCCUGGAAUAUCCCUUCCAGUAUUAUGCAGGCAAAAAACCAAAACAGUAAAAACUUUUCAGUGAAAAAAACCCCAACAUAGCUUAAAAAAAAAGCAAAGCAGCAACACUUCAGAAUAACGAAGAAAGCUUCGGUAGGUCAUGGCAUUUUUAACACAAAAAGGAACAUGAAUUAAUAGCUUAAUGACUCAUCUACAUUCACAAGAGAAGUCCACUGAAGCCAGCAGCAUUAAGGAGUGUUUCAGUCCUGAGCCACCAGACAAAUCCUGGGCAGAGCAACAGCUCUCUCUGGCCUUGCUUUGUAAUAACAUUAUCAUGAGAAACUGGCUGCAUUUUAUGCUGAUAUAUGCAAAUAAAAAAGAGGAUUUCUGAGUCCCACCACAUUCCUAGAAGAGCACCCCACAAAUUGGUGGCCCAGAUAAACAAAGCUGCCUGCACUGUGGUCACAGUCCCUUUCCCUUGGAAGUGGGCACAAAGGCACCACCAGCACGGCUCAAGGGCAGCUGCAGUUGUUAAGGAAGCACUGAAACUGCGCUGGAAGUGACUUUAGUUGGGGCUUACCUGUGGGAGAAGUGCCAGUGCAGUGGGUGCUCCAGGCAUCCAAGUCAGCUCUCCAGUCAGAGCCUUCAGGCCUCUGCAAGAUGCAGUGUUCAGAGAUUCUCCCUUACACCAUGCAGCCCAAGGCUUACUUCUUUCAGCAGCACAGCUCUCAGCUGUAUUUCGAGGAAUUAAGGUGGCUGCAGCUGGCAGCAAGGAAGCAAGAAUGGAUUCCCACUGGUCACAAAGACCAUGAAUGCUGUUAACAAUCAGUGGCACAUCCAAAGUCCAUGGGAAUGAAGAAAUGGAAAAAACAUGUCACUCUGCCCACAAGUGCACUCACACACAAACCAGGACAGUACCAUUAAAAAACAGAUGAAUGCUCAGGAAGGACUCUCACUAAUAAGAUUACAAGUGCAGCCCUAGUAUGCAAUCCAUAUGAAAUCCAUUGCAGCCUGGCAAUGAAGAAACAUUAAAUGCAUGGUGGUCAAACUUUUUUU